AUGGAUGCAGACGAGGCUCUUCGCCUAAUACAAGACGCGGACCAAGCAGAUCUCCCAGUAGAGGAUAUCGCUUGCUCUUCAGGCGACGAGGUAGGUGACUCGGACAACGAUUUUAUUUCGUCUGACGAGGAAGAUCGCCUGAAUGACGAUCUCUUUUCCGACUUGGAGCAAAUAGGAUCCGAUUCGGCUGACGAUAUCGCUAUUCCUGUUCCCGUCGCUGCUCGUGGACGUGGCGCUGGACGAGGCAGAGGCCAAGCAAUUGUGGACUUCAGGGCAGAGGAUAUAAAUGAUCGACUUCGUAAGGUGCGAUACCUUCACGACCAUCUGCAGGCGGCCUGCAAGCGUUUGUUCAUCCCUGGCAAGUGCGUUAGUGUUGACGAGCGCAUGGUCAAGUGCAAGGGACGCGCUCCUUUUACGCAGUAUAUGCCCAAAAAGCCCGUCAAAUGGGGCUUCAAGGUCUUCGCUGCCUGCGACGCCCAAAGCUCCAUUGUUGUAAACUUUGAAGUUUACACAGGCCAGCAACCUGGAGGUGAAAAUGGCCUGACUCAUGCUGUGGUGAUGCGGCUGGUCAGUGACGUGCGCGCCGGAAGUGUGAUCUACACGGACAAUUUUUACACUUCCGAAACCCUGGCCACAUCUCUUCGUACCAAGCAAAUAUCGUUGGUUGGCACCGUCCGCGCGAACCGCACUGGAUUUCCAGCCGUAUUGCGGACCAACAUGAAACAGUUCGAGAAACAUGCAGAGCGAGGUGCAACACGCUAUGUUCGCAACGGAGAUCACCUGUACCAGCAAUGGAAGGACAAGCGGUGUGUGUCCAUGUACAGCAACAUACAUCAGGGCCAUGAGCAUGACACAGUAACAAGAAAUGUCAAGAUUGAUGGUGCACACCAGCAAAUGGAAGUGCAGAGGCCAAUGUGCAUCAGAGACUACAACAGCAGCAUGGGUGGAGUCGACACGUUCGAUCAGCUGAUCGAAACGCACCGUGUGCUUCGCAAAACGAAGAAAUACUGGAAGAGUCUCUUCUUGGAUAAGGUCGACGUGUGCGCUGUCAAUGCAUACCGCCUCUUUCACUUGUGGCAGAGCCAGCAUCCAGGGGUGAUAAGUCGACGAUGCAACUUGCAGCACUCGGAUUUCCGCUGUAACCUCAUCCGGCAGCUGUCAUCGAUUGAUGAGCAUGCACCGCCACCGAAGCGCUCGUAUCGCCCAGUGCCUGUUCCGCAGGAUGUCCAGGUUCCUGUUGCUCAGCUUCACAUACCUGGAGUGAGGAAAAGGAAGAACUGCAGAAACUGCACAGAAGUGGGUAACAAGCAGCACCAGUGUGUAACCUACUGCCCUACGUGCGAUGUUCACCUCCACAUCACGAGCGACCACGACUGCUACGCCGCUUACCAUGCAUGCCACUUCCCGUGA